ACCCGAAGAAAGAGGUGCUUGGGCCUGGCGCUGAAGUUCCUCAAACUCCCUUUGGAGUUCCCGUGGAAGAGGCGGAGGAGAAGGGCGGUUCAGAUUAGACAGAGAGCGACGGAAGCCCUGCACAAGUGGGGCUGUCCGGCGCGUUCUAACAAAAAUAUGCAACGACAUGUUUGAGAGAGCAAAGCAAAGAAGUCCUCAGAUAUCUUAUGUCCGAAAGUUAUCCGACGUUCGGCAUUCGGACAAGGACUCACGUGCUUAUCAUCGUCGCGUCAAUUUCAAAUUGGUUUUCUUUCUGAACGCGUCUGCCACCGAUCACGCCAUGUCGUUGAGCCUACCAACUCCCGAUGAAUUUCCGGCAUUUCCAUAUUCUCCUCCUUAUCCGAUACAGGUAGAGCUCAUGCGCCAUCUUUACACGUCUAUCGAGGAGAGGAAGGUGACUAUCGUGGAGAGUCCAACUGGCACGGGAAAAACGCUUAGUCUUCUAUGUGCCAGCUUGACUUGGUUAACUGAUGAGAAGAAUCGCGCGAGAAAAGGUAAAAUGGCGGCGCUGGGGGAGUCUGAUAAAGACGACAGCGACUGGGUGGCUGCGCAGACCAGAGAGCGUUUGCGAAGAGACUUAGAGGCUCAGGAGGAUGAAUAUGAAGACCGACUGACUAAGGCCAGGAAGAAAGAAGCCGAGAUGAAGAAGAUGGCCAGCGCGCGCGUCUGGAAAAAACCCAAAAUGAAAGAGAAAUCCAAACCAGUUAACGACGAAGAAGAUGACGAUGUAUUCCUUCCCGAAACUGAAGCUGCCGAAGACGAUAAUAUAUCGCCAGCGGUCAGAACAUUGAUGGCAAAACUAGAGAAAGGCUCCGGGCAGGGCUUGCCGGACGAUGAAGAACUGACAUGCACCAAGAUCUACUACGCCUCACGCACACACUCUCAGUUGACUCAAAUCAUACCAGAAAUGAAGAGAUUAAAGCUCUUUCCAGUCGAUAGCAAGUCAGCUUGCUCUUCGAUAGCGUUGCCCCGAAAACGUGCUGCUGAAGAAUCGGACGAUGAAGUCGACCCAGAUGUUGCGGUAUCGUAUUCACGCACAGUGUCGCUUGGCUCGCGAAAACAGCUUUGUGUUAAUGAUGAACUUCGUUCCAAGAAGAAAGAUCUUGACGAGGCGUGUCGUGAACUGUUAGGCGAGAAAGGGGAUAAGCGCUGUCAAUCUUUGCCGCCUAUAGAUGAUGAUUACCGUAUGGUUGAAUUUAGGGAUCAGAUCCUGGCCUCGCCAAAAGAUAUCGAAGACUUGGCCACUGCCGGUCGAAUGGCUAAUUUAUGCCCAUAUUUUGGCUCGAGGCGCGCCAUACCUCAAGCAGAGCUCGUAACUUUACCUUAUAACCUGCUGCUGCAAAAGUCUGCGCGCGAAGCCCUCGGAAUUGACCUAAAGGAUCAAAUCGUUAUCAUUGACGAAGCUCACAACCUUAUCCCAACCCUUCUGACGUUGUCAACGCACAAGUUAUCUCUUUCCACCUCGGAAACAUCUUAUAAACAAGUAUGCAGUUACGUUUCGAAGUUUCGUAACCGCCUUUCUCCUGUAAACAUGUUACACUUGAAACGUCUAGUCGCUUUUCUUGAUGCAUUGACGAACUAUACCGUAUCCUGGAAGGAGGAUGAUGUACGUCAAAAUCAGAAAGUCGAAAUGCUUUCCGUAUCCGAGCUCCUAGGGCGGCUUGGAAACAAGGUGGCAGGUAUUAAUUUACUGGAGAUUACGGGAUAUUUGACAACAAGUAGAGUUGCAAGAAAGAUUGCGAAUUAUUCUGACAAGCAGGAUGAAAAAAGAAUGGAUUCGGCAAAGAUAAAACAGACUACGAAGGGAGCGGUUCCACCUUUGCAUGCGGUUGAAGAUUUGAUGCGCUCGCUGACAGCGACAAACGAAGACGGCAGAAUAAGCCUCUCGCUUGUGGGAAGCCCUGGUCACGAAGAUGUCGAAAUCAAGUAUCAGCUCCCUAAUCCAGCGCCACCAUUUUUGGAAGUCGUCGAAGAAGCACGAUCCGUCAUUCUUGCAGGGGGGACCAUGUCACCCAUAUCAGAUGUCAUCAACCAACUGUUUGCGAACAUACCAAGUGAAAGGUUGACAAGUUUCUCUUGCGGUCAUGUCAUCCCGCCUUGGAAUCUGUUGCCGUUGACAAUCUCCAAGGGCCCACGUGGCGGGGACCUCCAAUAUAAAGCUGAGAAGCAAGUAGACAAAGCUGUGAUCGGAGAGCUGGGACAAAUUAUCCUGAAUUUGACCAACAUCGUUCCCGGUGGAAUGAUCGUGUUCUUUCCGUCAUAUAGAUUCCUGAACACGAGUAAGGAUAUCUGGAAAACUAGUGGCAUCAUAGAAAAAUUCAACGCGAAAAAAAGGGUAUUCUUUGAGCCAGAUGAAGCUAAAGACGUUGAUGAGGUCCUGCAAGGAUUCUCAUCUGCAGUUCGCCAUCCAAUGGACAAUAAGAAGGGCGCAUUGCUUUUCGCAGUUAUUGGGGCAAAGCUAUCCGAGGGCUUGAAUUUUGCCGAUGAUUUAGCUCGAGCGGUAGUCAUUGUCGGACUUCCUUACGCAAACCUAGCAUCUCCAGAGCUUCGCGAGAGGAUGAAGUAUGUAAAGCGACUGGAGGACAAAGGUCAACUGAAGAAAGCGCCAGGCCAGAAGGAUGCCGCGGCGGAGCUAUAUGAGAACAUUUGCAUGAAUGCUGUCAACCAGAGUAUAGGACGUGCAAUAAGACACCGUGGGGAUUGGGCGUCCCUGAUUCUCCUUGAUAAACGCUAUGCAUCAUCAAAUAUUCGAAAUAAGUUGCCGAAGUGGAUUGGAUCAGAGAUGAAAGUUGCCCAGACAUUUGGAUCAGCCAUGAAGGAGAUGGGAGUUUUCUUUAGAAACAAAAGGCUACAGAAUUAGUACUAGUCUGCCCGACAAACUCCAAGACGUUGGAAACUGCCCUGCCCGGUGGAAGGCAAUAUGUGAUGUAUUCCUGUUGAUGAAGUCCGCAGGAAGUCUGUCUUGAUCCUGAGAUAUGAAAAUAAAUAAUGAAGUGUGCAUUGUCAUGCGAUCAGUGACUGCAAAUCAUGAAAA